AUGAAAAUUCUUUUAUUAAUACCAAAAAUCCACUCGACAAUUUCCCCACGAAAAGCUUUUUCUUCGUCACUUCAGGGCGUCACAGUUGAGCAAAUGGAGAAGGCAGGUGAUUUGGUGAAGUCAAUUUGCCAGCCUAAAUUCAAGAUUUCCGACGAAACCGCCGCGAACUUCCGCAAAGGCAUUCUGGCUGACGACAAAGACGCCAAAUGCUACAUAAAUUGCAUCUUCGAGAACAUGCAGGCGAUGAAGAGAGGCAAAUUCCAGUGGGAGGCGACGAAGAAGCAGGCAGAAAUCAUGCUGCCGGACGAUGUCAAGGAAGCCACUCUUGCAGCUUGUGAAGCUUGCAAGACUGUCACGGAUGGCGUUAAGGAUCCGUGCGAGGCUGCAUAUGGUCUUCUUCAGUGUCUAAAAACCAACAGCAAAAACUUCUUCUUCCCAUAAAUUCUGUGCGAAAAAGAAAUUGUAGUUUAUGUGUCUUUUAUUGAUUGUUCUUUGCCCGAAAUAAAUGAGCUUUUUUGAUUGAAAUUACUCACUGUGCGUUAUUAUAAGUGGAAAUAUCUUCACAUUUCCGAUAACACGGUAAUUGCGAACUGUCGCGCGACACUGUUUAUAUAAUUACGCGAAUUACACAGAUGGUAGCAUAAUUGAGAAUGCAAAUCAUUCUGUAAACAUGUCUAGAGCUCUAGACAUUAUGCAGAUGAUAAGUUUCUCUCUCAUUCAUUAAAUUUUUGCCUUGGGAAACUUGUGAAUGAAAUGCUCAGAAAAGUGACAAUAAAUCUCUUUACUUUUUACCUCAAAAGAUUACAAAUGCAGAGCAAAAAUCAAAGUUCAAAGCUUGAGUUAGAAUUUAAAUUGAUUUUAUCACUUCCUAUCAAUUUUCUAUAACGUACAGUUAAGAAAAGCGGCUGCUUAUCCACACUUUUCAUGCU